AUGGAAUCCCAAGAGUCUCAACUUCACUUUGUGUUAUUUCCACUUAUGUCCCCAGGUCACAUGCUUCCUAUGAUAGACAUAGCAACAACAUUAGCACAACAAAACAACAUCAUAGUCACCAUUGUCACUACUCCACACAACGCUUCUCGUUUCUCACUAACUUCACACAAUAUUCGAUUACUUCAACUUCAAUUCCCAUCUCAAGAUGCAGGCUUUCCAGAAGGGUGUGAGAAUUUUGACAUGCUUCCAUCAAUGUCAAUGGGCUACACUUUCUUCUCCGUUGCGAAUACCCUUCUACAAGAACCAGCAGAACAAGCUUUUGAAAAGCUAACACCAAAGCCAAAUUGCAUAAUCUCUGAUGUUGGCUUUCCUUACACUUCUCAAAUUGCUAACAAAUUUGACAUUCCAAGAAUUUCAUUUUAUGGGAUCACAAAAGCACACCCUCCCUCGUCAUCGAACGAUGGAAAUUGGAAGGAAUUUGUUGAUAAAAUGGCUGCAGCUGAAAUGGUUUCGUAUGGUGUUAUUGUGAAUUCUUUUGAGGAGUUAGAACCUGAAUACGCAAGUGAUUUGAAGAAAACUAGGAACAGUAAAGUUUGGUGUGUUGGUCCUGUUUCACUUAGAAACAAGAAUCACUUAGAUAUGGCUCUUAGAGGGAAAAACAAUAAAGUGGCUUCUUCAAUUGAUGUUGAAAAUUGCUUUAAAUGGAUUGAUUUGCAAGAGUCGAAUUCGGUUAUCUAUGUAUGCUUAGGAAGUAUAUGUAAUUUAACUUCUUUGCAGUUCAUAGAGAUUGGUAUGGCUUUAGAAGCAUGUGAAAGGCCAUUCAUUUGGGUUAUUAGGGAAAGAAAUCAAACAGAAGAGUUGAAUAAUUGGAUCAAGGAAUCGAGUUUUGAGGAAAGGAUUAAGGAGAAAGGUUUUUUGAUAAAGGGUUGGGCUCCUCAAGUGUUGAUAUUGUCUCAUCGCGCGAUUGCAGGAUUCUUAACGCAUUGUGGUUGGAAUUCGACGCUGGAAGCAAUAUGUGCUGGUGUGCCAAUGAUUACGUGGCCAUUAUUUGGUGAUCAGUUUUUCAAUGAGAGGUUUGUUGUGGAAAUAUUGAGAGUUGGUGUGAUGGUUGGAGUGGAGAGUCCUGUGAAUUGGGGAGAGGAAGAGAAAACUGGCGUGUUGGUGAAGAAAGAAGAUGUUGAGAGGGCUAUAGAGAAAUUGAUGGACGAUGCGAGUUAUGAAAAAGAAGAGAGAAGAAAAAGGGCUAAAGACAUUGCCGAAAUGGCUAAGAGAUGUGUAGAAAAAGGAGGAUCUUCUCAUUUCAAUGUUAGUCUAUUAAUUCAAAAUAUCCUUCAACUCUCAACAAAGUAG